AGGUACACUUUAAAAAACGAAAUACUUGGGAAAGGAGAAAUGAUUUUGCCCAUAUCUGUGAACUACAAAAUGCUUCGAUACCCAUAUUUUUGUAAAAUCUAUAAAGGAUUUCUUUCAUGCUGGUUGGAAUCUGGAGUAUUUUAUUUAGGUGGCUGUCAAAAAAAAAUACUUGGUACAGCAAGAAAAUACCAUGAAUAUGAAGCCCCUAAACAAACAGGUGAAACUGGAGCUCCUGAAUCAGAUGAAUCUCACGAUAGAGAUUCUGAAGCUGUGACUAGAUUACAUGUUCCAGUAAUGGUGGAUGAAGUUGUUCGUUGUUUGGCACCACAAAAGGGACAGGUUUUUCUUGAUAUGACAUUUGGUUCAGGAGGACACACAAGAGCCAUUCUACAGAAGGAAUCAGAUAUUACACUGUAUGUCUUAGACAGAGAUCCAACAGCUUAUGCAAUAGCUGAGCAACUUUCAGAAACAUAUCCCAAACAGAUCCGAGCUAUACUGGGCCAGUUCAGCCAGGCAGAAGCCCUGUUAAUGACAGCUGGAGUACAGCCAGGAACCCUGGAUGGAGUUCUUUUGGAUCUUGGGUGUUCCUCUAUGCAACUUGACGCUCCUGAAAGAGGUUUUUCCCUUCGGAGGGAUGGGCCCUUGGACAUGAGAAUGGAUGGUGGCAGGUACCCGGACAUGCCCACUGCAGCUGAUGUUGUGAAUGCAUUAGAUCUGCAAGCACUUACAUCCAUUCUGAGAAUAUAUGGGGAGGAAAAGCAUGCCAAGAAAAUUGCUUCAGCAAUCACUCAAGCACGCAGCAUCUACCCCAUCACUAGAACUCAGCAACUAGCCAGCAUUGUUGCAGGUGCAUUUCCUCCUUCUGCCACUUAUGCUCGAAAAGACUUGUUGCAGCGAUCUACCCAUAUUGCUACCAAAACUUUCCAAGCAUUUCGAAUAUUUGUGAACAAUGAGCUCAACGAACUUCACAUGGGACUGAAGACAGCUCAGAAGUUUCUGAAACCUGGUGGUCGACUUGUUGUUCUCUCCUUCCAUUCAUUAGAGGAUCGCAUUGUCAAACGAUUUUUACUUGGCAUAAACAUGGCAGAAAAGUUUAAUCUUAGUGCUAGACAGAAGGUGAAACAAACAUCACAAUUGAAUUCAGUUCAUGAAAACCAGGAAGAAAUCUCUACUGGAGUAACCCCUCUGCUUUGGGAAUUGAUACACAAGAAGGUACUUACUCCAGAAGAUCAGGAUGUACAGGAUAACCCCAGAGGACGUUCAGCCAAACUUAGAGCGGCUAUCAAAUUACGAGAAAGAAAGUUGUAAUCUGAUGUUGCAAGAUUUUUCUUACAGUUUCUCUUAACUUUUUCGUAUGAUAUUCCUGAACAAAUUAAUAUAUGUACUAAAUAUG